CGGAGGAGGCGAGGAGCGCCGGGUACCGGGCCGGGGGAGCCGCGGGCUCUCGGGGAAGAGACGGAUGAUGAACAAGCUUUACAUCGGGAACCUGAGCCCCGCCGUCACCGCCGACGACCUCCGGCAGCUCUUCGGGGACAGGAAGCUGCCCCUGGCGGGACAGGUCCUGCUCAAGUCCGGCUACGCCUUCGUGGACUACCCCGACCAGAACUGGGCCAUCCGCGCCAUCGAGACCCUCUCGGGUAAAGUGGAAUUGCAUGGGAAAAUCAUGGAAGUUGAUUACUCAGUCUCUAAAAAGCUCAGGAGCAGGAAAAUUCAGAUCCGAAACAUCCCUCCUCACCUGCAGUGGGAGGUGCUGGAUGGACUUUUGGCUCAGUAUGGGACAGUGGAGAAUGUAGAACAAGUCAACACAGACACAGAAACUGCUGUUGUCAACGUCACAUAUGCAACAAGAGAAGAAGCAAAAAUAGCCAUCGAGAAGCUAAGCGGGCAUCAGUUUGAGAACUACUCCUUCAAGAUUUCCUACAUCCCGGAUGAAGAGGUGAGCUCCCCUUCGCCCCCACAGCGAGCCCAGCGUGGGGACCACUCUUCCCGGGAGCAAGGCCACGCCCCUGGGGGCUCUUCUCAGGCCAGACAGAUUGAUUUCCCGCUGCGGAUCCUGGUCCCCACCCAGUUUGUUGGUGCCAUCAUCGGAAAGGAGGGCUUGACCAUAAAGAACAUCACUAAGCAGACCCAGUCCCGGGUAGACAUCCAUAGAAAGGAGAACUCUGGGGCUGCAGAGAAGCCCGUCACCAUCCAUGCCACCCCAGAGGGGACCUCUGAAGCCUGCCGCAUGAUUCUUGAAAUCAUGCAGAAAGAGGCUGAUGAGACCAAAUUAGCCGAAGAGAUUCCUCUGAAGAUCUUGGCCCACAAUGGCUUAGUUGGAAGACUUAUUGGAAAAGAAGGCAGAAAUUUGAAGAAAAUUGAACAUGAGACAGGGACCAAGAUAACAAUCUCAUCCUUGCAGGAUUUGAGCAUAUACAACCCCGAAAGAACCAUCACUGUGAAGGGCACAGUCGAGGCCUGUGCCAAUGCAGAGGUAGAGAUUAUGAAGAAGCUCCGUGAGGCCUUUGAAAAUGAUAUGCUGGCUGUUAAUCAACAAGCCAAUCUGAUCCCGGGGUUGAACCUCAGCGCACUUGGCAUCUUUUCAACAGGACUGUCCGUGCUGCCUCCACCAACAGGGCCCCGAGGAGCUCCCCCCGCUCCCCCUUACCACCCUUUCGCUACUCACUCCGGAUACUUCUCCAGCUUGUACCCCCCUCACCAGUUUGGGCCGUUCCCGCAUCACCACUCCUACCCAGAGCAGGAGAUUGUGAAUCUCUUCAUCCCGACCCAGGCUGUAGGUGCCAUCAUUGGGAAGAAGGGGGCGCACAUUAAACAGCUGGCUCGAUUCGCUGGGGCCUCCAUCAAGAUUGCCCCGGCGGAAGGCCCAGAUGUCAGCGAAAGAAUGGUCAUCAUCACCGGCCCACCUGAAGCCCAGUUCAAGGCCCAGGGGCGGAUCUUUGGGAAACUGAAGGAAGAAAACUUCUUUAACCCCAAAGAAGAGGUGAAGCUGGAAGCGCACAUCAGAGUGCCCUCUUCUACAGCUGGCCGGGUGAUCGGCAAGGGCGGCAAAACCGUGAACGAACUGCAGAACUUAACCAGUGCAGAAGUCAUCGUGCCUCGUGACCAAACGCCGGAUGAAAAUGAGGAAGUGAUCGUCAGAAUUAUCGGGCACUUCUUUGCUAGCCAGACUGCACAGCGCAAGAUCAGGGAAAUUGUACAACAGGUGAAGCAGCAGGAGCAGAAAUAUCCUCAGGGAGUCGCCUCACAGCGCAGCAAGUGAGGCUCCCACAGGCACCAGCAAAACAACGGAUGAAUGUAGCCCUUCCAACACCUGACAGAAUGAGACCAAACACAGCCAGCCAGCUCGGGAGCAAACCAAAGACCAUCCUGAGGAAUGAGAAGUCUGCGGAGGCACCGGGGACUCUGCAGAGGCCCUGAGAAUCCCAGGGGCCAGGAGGAUGGUGGGAGGUCAGACCGGGUCCCUGCCCGGCCUCCUGCCUCCCCCAGGGCCUCUGCAGGCUUCCCAGCCAUCCACUGCACCAUCCACUCGGAUCUCUCCUUACCUCCUACAACGCUAUCCCUUUUAGUUGAACUAACAUAGGUGAACGUGUUCAAAGCAAAGCAAAAUUCACACCCUUUUCUUUUUGUGGAAAUUGUCUCUGUACAUGUGUGUACAUAUUAGAAGGGAAAAGAUGUUAAGAUAUGUGGCCUGUGGGUUACACAGGGUGCCUGCAGCGUUAAUAUAUUUUAGAAAUAAUAUAUCAAAUAACUCAACUAACUCCAAGUUUUAAUCAAUUAUUAAUUUUUUUUUUUCUUUUUAAAGAGAAAGCAGGCUUUUCUAGACUUUAAAGAAUCAAGUCGUUCUUUGGGAGGUCUAAUGGUUUAGUAAGGAGCUUUGAGACCACCCACACAAAUUCACCCGAGGGGAAUCUCGGAAGGACACUCACAGCAGUUCUGGACCACCUGUGUAUGUCAACAGAAGGGAUACCGUCUCUCUGAAGAGGAAACUCUGUCUCUCUUCAUCCCUGUCUAGCUCACACACCCAUUUCUCUUUGCUUCACAGGUUUUAAACUGGUUUUUUGCAUACUGCUAUAUAAUUCUCUGUCUCUCUCUGUUUAUCUCUCCCCUACCUUCUCUCCCUCCCCUUCUUUUCCAUCCCCAUUCUUUUUAAUUCCCUCAUCCCUCUUUCUCAAUUCCCAGUAUCUACGCACCCCCCAGGCAAAGCAGUGCUCUGAGUAUCACAUCACACAAAAGGAACAAAAGCGAAACACACAAACCAGCCUCAACUUACACUUGGUUACUCAAAAGAACAAGAGUCAAUGGUACUUGUCCUAGCAUUUUGGAAGAAGAAAACAGGAACCCAUCAAACCAACCAACCAAACAAAGAAAAAUUCCACAAAGAAAGAAUGUAUUUUGUCUUUUUACAUUUUGGUGUAUAAGCCAUCAAUAUUCAGCGAAAUGAUUUCUUUCUUUAAAAAAAAAAAAAAAUGGAGGAAAAUAGCAAUUUACACGAGGUCGUUGGCCCAGGGCGUUAAAUUUACAGAUUUUUUUAAACGAGAAAAACACACAAAAAAAGCUACCUCAGGUGUUUUUUACCUCAGCACCUUGCUCUUGUGUUUCCCUUAGAGAUUUUGUAAAACUGAUAGUUGGAGCAUUUUUUUAUUUUUUUAAUAAAAAUGAGUUGGAAAAAAAAUAAGAUAUCAACUGCCAGCCUGGAGAAGGUGACAGUCCAAGUGUGCAACAGCUGUUCUGAAUUGUCUUCCGCUAGCCAAGAACCUAUAUGGCCUUCUUUUGGACAAACCUUGAAAAUGUUUAUUAAAAAACAAAAAAACAAAAAAAAAAAGAUGACAAAGAAAAACAGAGAGAGAAAAUAUUGGAGAUGUCCUGAAUUUCAAUAGGGUACGCGCCAUUAGGGCUUUUUGCGCUAAAGGAUGAACAUGUACUGGUUUAUGUGAACAAGCCAUUUUACCACCAGACUGCAAUGCCAGUUUCCUCUACUGCAAACAGUGUUCUGUGACAAAAACAAAAAACAAAAACAAACAAACAAAAAAAAUGAAAUAUAUCCAGCUAACAAGAUCCUGGUGUCUUGGUCUCUUAUUUUACUAAGCAUUGCCUGUCCAGAAGUGUCAGCAGAAUUCCAGCUCUGAAGGACUUAGGGGAAUGGGCAGCCAUACUGAGGAGGCAGGCUUCUCCAGGGCACUUUCUGGAAGAAGCUAAACUAAGUCAGUGGUGCUAAAAGUGUGGCCCUCAACUGGCAACAUCAGUAUCACCUGGGAACUUGCUGGAAAUGUAGAUUCUUGGGGUCCACCUUGAAUCAGGAAUUCGGAGGGGCCCCUCAGUCUGCUUCAGCAAGCCCUCUGGGUGAUUCCUGUGUAUGCUAGAGGUUGACAGCCAUGGAACUGGAGGGACGGACUGGCUGCGUGUCAAGGUAGGUAAGGCCAACCCCUAGCUUUAGGGAACUGUAAACCUGGCCAGCACGGAGUUGAUUUUUAUGUGGGGGAGUGCAAGAGCAUAAAAUGGCUGACAAUUCAAGGGAAGAGGUAGUCAUCCCUCCCCAGAAACCUAAAUUGUAAGUACUCCAGGAGAUCAGACAGGCAGGGCUAACGUUGGAUUGGAGGGCAGGGGGUGCGCUGUACUGGACACAUGAACGUGUUGUGAAAAGGUUGGAGGGAACAUCCCUGCUCCGUUUAUGAGCCUUCGUUCCUAGACCUGUGGCGUCUACUAGAAACGGAUGCUAGCAGUCCAAGCAAUCUUAGGAAUUGCGGUGAAACUUGACUGCCAGUGGGGGUCAGUCAGGCUUUUGGGGGUGAUUGUUCAGGGCACAGCAAGGACAGGUGGAGGGGAGCUGAUGGGACUGCAGAAUAGCCACGUCCCCCUUGCAACAAACUUCGAGGGCUCUCGAAUCACUUAAAAUUUGUUCCUCACUGAUGUCCUGUCCCCAUUCCUCACUGUCUCAGAAUUCCAAUUUCUGUGAUGCUGUUUGUACUUUUAAAGUUUCUGGCACAACGAUGCCAGCUGAUCCUCUCCCUGCUAUGGCUGGCACACAUACAGGCAGGAACAGACUGUCCAUUCCUGUGGCUCCACCAUCCCUCCUCCUCCAUUUCAGACUCCAGCCCAUUGCCCUCUCAGAGGGAGAAAUCAACCACAGGUUGACAGUGUGAGAGAAGCCAC